AAGCUCACAAGGGCCGUAAACAUGCAUGUCCUAUCUCUUUCAUACUUUUCCAUUUUCCUCUUCUUGUUCUUUCUGUCGACCGUUCCAUCUUCUCCGGCCAAACCCUCCGCCGCUCCUCCACCGCAGACUCCGGUGGUCCACCGCCGCAGACACCGCCAGCUGGCGGUGGAUUACUACGCGAAGACGUGUCCUCAGCUGGAGAAGCUGGUCGGCUCCGUCACUUCUCGGCAGUUCAGAGAAGCUCCGGUCUCGGCUCCCGCCACAAUUCGCCUCUUCUUCCAUGAUUGCUUCGUCGAGGGCUGUGACGGGUCGAUAUUGGUGGAAACAGAGGGAGGGAGGAAAACGACGUCGUCGCCGGAGAGGGAAGCGGAGGAGAGCAAGGACUUGAGACGAGAAGGCUUCGAGACGAUAAAGAAGGCCAAGUCCAUGGUGGAAACUCACUGUCCCUCUCUCGUCUCUUGCUCCGACAUUCUCGCCAUUGCUGCUCGAGAUUUCAUCCACUUGGCAGGUGGGCCAUAUUACCAAGUGAAGAAAGGAAGAUGGGACGGCAAAAUAUCAAAGGCGACGAAUGUUCCUCGCAACAUUCCUCGAGCAAACGCAACCGUCGAUCAGCUCAUCCGUCUCUUCUCGUCGAAGGGAUUAACGGCGAAAGAUCUCGUCGUCCUCUCGGGCGCACACACGAUAGGGUACGCCCACUGCAGACAAUUCCUCCCCCGUCUCUACGACUUCAAAGGAUCCCGGAAACCCGACCCGAGCCUCGACGCCAGGCUCCUCAAGGAGCUGAAGAUUUCGUGCCCGAGGUUCGGGGGAGGGACUAACGCGGUCUUGCCGCUCGACGUGACCACGCCCUUUGCGUUCGAUAACGGGUAUUUCUCGGGUUUGGAGAAGAAUAUGGGGUUGUUAGGGUCGGACCAGGCCCUAUUUCUCGAUCCAAGAACUAAGGAUAUCGUCGCGGAGAUGGCUGGGGACAAGCAGAGGUUUUUCUCGGCCUUUUCCGAGUCUAUGGAUAAAAUGGGCUCCAUCGGUGUGAAGAGAGGGAGGAAACAUGGGGAGAUUCGAAGGGAUUGCGGCCAAUUCUUGUGAGGAAAUUCGUUCUUGGAAUUUGUUACAAAUUCAUUUGAUUCCUUGGAAGGAAAUUCGUAUAAUACAAAGUUUAUUGUUUAUAUACAAAAUUGUUUGUUUUCUUGGAACAAAUUGGUACAACGCAAAGUUUCAUAAAACUACUAU